GCACUCACGAUCAGUUUGGUUCUGAACUUGGCCGUGAGUAGGUAGUGAGUUGUUUUUCGGUAGCAGAAUUUGUUUUUUUCAAUUUUAGAAAUUUGAAAUGUGGCGAAUAAUUAUUUGCGCAGUGCUUCUACUAGCAACAUCAUCAUCUCAACAGUUGAUAGAUGUGGACAAACCAACAACAAUUAUUGCCGAAAAAGAAAAAGACCCAACACCAGUAGCAACGACUAUUUUAAUCCAAGAGAAUUCAACUCCGACUCCACUUCCACCGAACAAACCGUCAACAGAAGCUCCUGCACAGCUUAUAACCGAGGUUACAAAACCACCAGUCGAAGUGGAGUCACCAUCAUCGACUCUGACAGUCGAACCAUCCGAAGAAGAAAAUACAAUAGUUGACCCCAAGAGGCGAGUUAUAACUUACGACCAACGUCAGGAGGGACAAUACAACAUACGAGCUGAUUUGGAAAAUUUUAUGAUCGUAUUCAUUCCUCCGAGUCCAGUUGAUGGUGUGAAUCUGCUUGAUUUGCUCUCCAAGUCGACAAAACGAACCAAAUCCUCUCACAAAAAAUACCAUGGCGACUCAGCUCCUGGUUCGAAAUAUCGACAAUCGCUUAAAUCUGGAGCUGGAAGCCACAAUUUCAAUUUUCUAGCUCGCCACCACCAGCAAUCUCAGUCACAGUCAAGCCCUCAUAUCAUUAUUGAAGAGCACCAGCCCUCAGCGAGAAUUGCCGAAUAUAUCGAAGGAAGAACUCCCUAUAGAGUAGACAUUUCCAGUACUCACUCUGAUCUGGAUCAACUUCAACAGGAACACCAACAGCAAUUCCAACCACAACAGCCACACGGACCUCAAGUCGAUGUCCUACCACCUCCCUAUCCACUAAACUACCAUCAUUUGAUUAAACCUUUCCAUUUGGAAGCCGAACCUACAGUCAUUCAAGCCCUACCUCCUCAAUCAGCUCUGAAUAACGGUGGCGGUAAAUUUAUGGAUUCAAAUGGAAACUUCUUUCGAAUGGCACGAGCCAUCCAAGGUGGACUCUAUGGGCUCUUGUCAUUAGAUUCGAAUCGUGUCCAGCCCCGACAGAGGACCAUCUUUGAUGAACAACUCCUCAGUACCCUCGAUGACGGUGAUGAUACAGAUGACGACGAUGAAUUAGGCGAAUCUCGAACAGCCGAUUUGCCUUUGAGCAAUGAUAGACUAGAAGAGGCAGUCCAUAAUUACGUAUAUCCACCCCUAAAUCCGUUACGUUUCAAUCCGGAAAUCCUAGAUUUGCACUCCAGAUCAAUGCAUUCAUCAGAGUACCCCAAGUAUCCAAGUCAAAGUGAUGAUGACAAUGACAAUGACAACAACAACAACAACAAUGAGAGUGCAAAAACAACGGAAAUUGAAUUGAAACUACUUGGGGCCACCAAAGAAUGUGGACCGGAUAGAAAGCGUGAUAGUUAUGGGAUUUGCCGAUUUGCUGAGGGUUAUUAAAUUUAUUUAAAAAAAAAUAGUAAAAAAAAAAAACCGAACUGACUCUUACUUUAAUUUAUAGCUGUAAGGUAUUUUGUAUUUUUUUUUUCUUAUUUUAAUAAAAUUAAAUUAAUAUUAGAUUUAAGUGUGCCAAAAUGACAAUAGCACAACAAAAAGUUAAUGUAGGUAAGUUUUCCAAACACAAAAGGAAAUAUUUAUGAUAAAGAUUAUUUAUGUAGAUUUUUUUUUUAUUUUAGCUAAAAUAAAUAAAUCAAAUUCAAUAUUAAUGAGA